AUGAUUGAUAUAAGAUUCCACGAUUCCACUGCCAUCUGCAACACCAUCGUCAACUACGCAAUCAACAAGACCUCCGAGCCAGUGAUCGGGUUCCUGCUACGCAACGACGAUAACUGCGUGACAAAGGUUACUGCAUAUGUUGGCCGUUACGAACCAACCGGAGUAGAUAUCCUAUACGGUAUCGAGUUGACCUAUAAAGACGGCAAAAGGAGCAUCCGGGUUGGAACCCGAGGCGAGUCCAGCAAGAGUUUAUCUCUUGGCCAUGGUGAAAAGAUCAGUCAUAUGGUGAUACGCGCGACAGAUCGCGUCGACGGUCUGGAGGUGAAAACCAACAGAGACCAACACUCCACAGUGGGAGGAAGGUGGAGAACAUCAUGA